AUGGCCGAGAACAACAAGCAACUAUCUAUACUGGAAUUCCUGAGAAUGCCAAGUGUUGCCAACGUUACUUCCGCUAUUGUCAAGCCUGCCAUCAAUGAGGGCUUCGAGCUGAAACGGAGCAUGAUCAAGCUACUUCAUGCUUACGCACAGUUCUUGGGGUUGUCGCAUGAGGAUCCUUACCAACAUAGUCAGAACUUCCUAGAGAUCAGUGAUACUUAUAUCACUAAUAAUGGGGUCACGUCUGAUUAUGUCAGACUCACAUUGUUCCCUUUCUCCUUAUUUGGACAGGCUAAAAGAUGGUUGAGAGCAAAGCCACCUAAUUCAAUCACCACUUGGGAUGAUUUGGCUCGCAAAUUCGUGGCUAGAUUCUUUCCUUCAGGGAAAACUGAAAGAAUCAGGAGUGAAAUUGUGUCAUUCAGGCAGAAAGAAGGAGAGUCACUUUUUAUGCAGCUUGGGAAAGAUUCAAGUCCAGCUGGCGGGCGAAUUCUGGAGAAGAACUAUGAUGAAAUAUAUGCCCUGUUGAACAAGUUCACACAGGGUAACCCUGAUUGGCAAGGUGAUGUGGGCCGAGGUAUAAUUCAGAAACCUGUCGGAGUUCUUGAGCUUGAUGUUGUAUCAGCACUUUCCGCACAAAUGACUGCCAUAGCAAAUCGAAUCUGCAAGCUGACGAUAACUCAGAAUCAGCCGCAGGUACAACCAAUGCAACAUGUCCAAUCAUUUUGUGAAUUCUGCAGAGAAGGCCAUAGUAGUGAUAUAUGCGCAGCAAAUCCAGAAUCAAUUCAUUUCGGGGGCAAUGCUAACAUGUGCCAGGGGAAUCAGAAUCAGUUCGAAAAUACUUACACUUUCAAUUGGAGAAACCACCCAAAUUUCUCUUGGGGUGGACAGCAGGGAAAUCAGAACCAGUUUAGGCAACAGGGUCAGCAACGGAAUCAUCAACAAACUCAGAAUUACCAGUCAGCACAGGUUACUCAUGCAACUAAGCUCUUGAGUAGUAUUGAAGAGAUGCUGAAAAAGAUAAUGGUGGAUAAUCAAAAUCAUGCUAUAGCCAUCCGUAAUCUAGAAAGACAGAUGCGACAACUUGCUAGCGCCCAUAACACCAGGCCGAAUGGAGCACUUCCUAGUGACACUGAACCGCAUGACACUGAGAAAUGGUAG